UGUGUUCUUCUGCCUCUUUGGGUGAGUAUUUAAUGUUGGGCAUCUUGAAGCAAACUGAGAGUGGCCAACCCGCGCUUGCUCCUCUUCAGUCCCUCUCCAGCACUUGAUAGCUUGGCAAGCGAGUGUGUGGAAUGCUGGGGAAGACAAGAAUCAGAUUGUCGGUGCGCAAGUCCGGUAAUUUCUGGCAAAGUACAGAUGAUCUUUGUGGAUGAGUUUUGACACAGGACACGUAAGAACUGCCGGGUCGUGUUGUCGAGUCACUUGGAUGUGCAGCUUGUGAGGCUCUGUGAGGAACAGAUUGAUGGAGGAUCAUGGCAAGUCCAGCAAAGGCAAGUUCUUCCUCAGGCUCAUUGCAACACUUCUGGCAAUUGGUUUGGUUUUUCUGGGACUCGAACUAGUGGCCCACUUGAACUGCUGGGAUUGUAUGGGCGAGCGCGAUUUGGACGAGCACCAAACCUCAGGAACUGCAGCUUGGCUCCGAAAAUUCUAUGUUUUGUGGUCGAGUUUUCGAGCCGAGCGCCUCAGUCCACUUGUUCAAGCUCUGUUAAGCUUCUACGUAGUCCUCUUCAUAGUCCUUUCUGCAGAUCGUCUGCUGCAGUGUCUGGGUUGCUUCUGGAUAAAGGUCAAGAGGAUUGGGCCACAGUCUCAAGGUGACCCGUUUGAAUCGGACUACUCGAAAGGUCCCUGGCAAAAUUACCCGAUGGUCCUUGUCCAAAUCCCCAUGUGCAAUGAGAAAGAGGUAUAUGAGCAAUCUAUUUCUUCAGUGUGCCAGCUCGACUGGCCGAAAGAUCGCCUGCUCAUUCAAGUCUUGGAUGAUUCAGAUGAUGAGAUCAUACAAUCUCUUAUUGAAGGGGAGGUCUUUGAUUGGAGCCAAAGAGGAGUGAAUAUAGUUUAUCGCCACCGGUCUGUUAGAAGUGGUUAUAAAGCCGGGAAUCUCAAGUCAGGAAUGAACUGUGAUUAUGUGCAGCGAUAUGAGUUUGCUGUGAUCUUCGAUGCCGAUUUUAAACCGAGCCCCAACUUUCUCAAGCAAACAAUUCCCCACUUUAAGGAUGAUCCUAAGCUCGGCUUGGUUCAGGCAAGGUGGGGUUUUGUCAAUAAGGAUGUGAACUUAUUGACACGACUUCAGAACAUAAAUAUGAGCUUCCACUUCGAAGUGGAGCAGCAGGUCAAUGGAGUGUUCCUCAAUUUCUUCGGCUUCAAUGGGACUGCUGGUGUUUGGAGAAUCAGAGCUCUCGAGGAAUCGGGAGGAUGGCUUGAGAGGACGACUGUGGAGGAUAUGGACAUCUCGGUCCGUGCCCAUCUUAAUGGUUGGAAGUUCAUCUUCCUUAAUGACGCGAAGGUCCUCUGUGAGCUACCGGAGUCCUACGUCAGGUCCAAUAAAUCUCUUCCGGUUGUGUCUCCCAGCCACUCGAGCCUCCAAGAUCCCGAUCUGGAAGAAGGCCAACCUCAUAAUCUUAUUCUUCCUUCUCCGGAAGCUGGUACUUCCGUUCUAUACGUUCACAUUCACUUGCAUAUUCCUCCCUCUGGCAAUGUUCAUCCCCGAAGCAGAGUCCCAUACCUUCUGUUCGAGAACACAAUGUCCAUGACGAAAUUUGGAGCAGUGGUUUCGGGCCUUUUCCAGCUCGGGAACUCUUACGAGUGGGUGGUCACCAAGAAAGCCGGCCGAUCAACGGAGGACGACCUAUCAGCCGCUGAAGAAAGAGAACUGAAGGCUGCAAAGAAAGUGAAGGAGAUCAAUCAGAAUGACGAGCCGAAGAAGAAAGAGAACAAGAUUUACAAGAAGGAGCUCGUGAUGGCUUUCUUCUUAUUGACUGCUGCAGUCAGGUGUCUGUUAUCGGGACGAAGAGUCCAUUUCUGUGUACUAAUGUUCCAGGGAAUAGCAUUCCUUGUAGUGGGUCUUGGUCUGAUGGAGAGCAGAUAGAUGACCUCGAGAUUGGAACAGAUGAACACGGCAGACACCCGAUUUCCGGUGGUAACAAAGUGGCCUAUUCAUCUGUUUGGCUAUGUAUUCUCAAACAAGAAAGAAUCAAUUAUAUUCCUGUUUGUGAUAUCA